AUGAUCAACAUAACGCCGCCAGAGUCAGUCAAAUUGGAUGACCAACCCGAAACCCAGAUUAAAGCAUCCUUGUUGACAAUUCCACAAGAGAUCCGAGAUCGUAUCUAUGAAGCUGUGCGAGAGGACAUAGCUUCCCAAGAUCCUCCCAAGCUUUCUCAACGACCAUCAACAGGGUUCGAAGGUCUACGUCAAGUCAAUCGACAACUCUACCAUGAAGUGCCUCGGGUUCUGGGUACACCCAUCGUGCCACAAAAGGCAGUUCAAGCAUUUCUCAACAGACCUAUCUCAAGCCACAGUGCUUGGGACAAUUUCAGGGCUCUGUACAUUGAAGUUCCUCACAACAGUGAUGCCGAAACUUUCCAGCGGCUGGGCUAUGCGCUCAAACAAGUCUCCUACGAAUUGCAUGACUUGCGUAUCUAUGGCGUUGGUAAGGAUGCUCACGGAAAGCACACAAGCUCUCAGACUAAAGCGUGUGGAAAACUUGACACUUUUGUCUUACCUCACCAGGCCAAUCUUGCAGUGUCCGGUCAGAAAUGGAGGCUCAAAUUACCACUGAUCAACGCCAUACAGCAUCUGACCCGCCUCAGAACACUUGUCGUCGACAAUCUCAAUGCUCCUCUUCUCAUGGCGCACACAGUGGCACACAAGCCUUACUUGGAAUCCCUCUGCAUUUCUACGGAUCAUCGUUCCACACUUCAUCGAGAUUACUCCACCGAUGUCACUGCCAUGAGGAUGCUGGGGAGUCUCCUAUCUCCGGUCCAUGAGCCAUUGCUGAACAUGAAGGAACUCCACCUCACACUGAAUGGCACGGAUCAUGUUCUUAGCAUCAUUUGCCUAUCAGAAGGCACUCUGGAGAAGUUGACUGUAAUUGUUCCUGAUCGAUCGAAGCAGUCCGCAUGCCGACGACAAUCUAAUUGGAUUCUCGACCUCGCCCGUAUCUUGAGCCGCCUGUCCAACCUUGUUAGGUUACAUACCCUGAAAAUCUGCCUCCACGAAGCCAUUUAUGAGAAUAGCUGGGAGGUUGGUGAGAUGAUAGGCGCUUUCAGGCAGAAUCUCCACCUUGCCCUUGCCUUGCGGAACUUGGAGUUACACAUGAAUCUCGAAUCCCCUUUGAUUGCCCCAGACAUCAUUUACGCCUUGCCUUCCUCUCUCGAAAGAAUAUAUCUUUCUGACACCUUUUUCAGUGGUUGUCGCACAGCACUCAUACAAUUGAAUGAACUAGUGGCGAAUCAAGCCAGAAUCACCUGCUUCGACCUUAAAGACGACAGACACCAUCAGCUUAUAGGUGAAGAUCUUACCAGAAAUGAUCGGUUUGAGUUCUCUCGUUCUGCACUCUGCUUCAUCGGAUAUGAAUACUCGACCAACUGGGAGCCAGGUGCGCGCAGGGAGCAAGAGGAACAGGAAAACAACCUUCUACGUCUCAAUGGCGCGUUGUUGGAUCGCAAGCGUAACAAGCAUUUGAUUUGCCUGAAAGGUAGCCGCAUUCCACCUUUUCACAACAAAGUCAAAGCCUCACGUGAAGAGUUCGAUGCCGCAGUCACUGCAGCCAUGGCUGCAAAGCUGGACGCUCCCAUGUUCGAUGAGAUCCCAGAACAGCAUGUCUUCGCAACUGAACACAAGUACUUUGGGAACGAGGAGACGGCAGAGGAGGUGUUCCAUUGGGAGCAAGUGGCUCGUGUCGAGGAUCUACCACCGUUCACAUAUCCGACAUUUGAGGAUGUUUCCGAUGAUUUCAACCAUGCCAAUCAUUGGAUCUCCGAAUGA